GCGCCAAGGCCCGAGGGUUGAACGGCGCUCAGGCGCAGGCGCGGCACUGGGCGGGAUCCGGGCGGCGAAGAACGCCGCGAGCCCAGAAGUACAAUGUCUCAGGAAGGCAAUUAUGGGAGAUGGACAAUAUCCAGUAGUGAGGAGAGUGAGGAUGAAAAGCCCGAACCAGACAAGCCCUCUACCUCUUCCGUCCCCUGUGCUGGGCAGGGAGCAGUGAAGGAGCUGAGCUAUACCUGCUCCGAGGCUCGUAAGGCUGCACACAGGAGGCAGAUCUCACCAGUGAAAUUCAGCAACGCAGAUUCGGUUUCACCUGCCAAAAAGCAGAGAAGUAGUUCCCAGGAAGACCUCGGCUGGUGUCUCUCCAGCAGUGAUGAUGAGCGCGAACCAGAAACGCAGCAAAAGCAGGCUGAGCACGUGGUGGUCAAAGAGGAAAAAGAUAUCCCCUCUCCCAAAGAUGGUGCUCCUCAAAGAACUGGAAAUCAUGGCCCCCCUGCCAGCCAUAGGCUAAAAGAGGAGGAAGAUGAUUAUGAGACGUCAGGAGAAGGCCAGGACAUUUGGGACAUGUUGGAUAAAGGAAACCCCUUCCAAUUCUACCUCACUAGAGUCUCAGGAAUUAAGCCGAAAUAUAACUCCAAAGCCCUCCAUAUCAAAGAUAUUUUAUCUCCUCUAUUUGGGACACUUGUUUCCUCAGCUCAGUUUAACUACUGCUUUGACGUGGACUGGCUUGUAAAACAGUAUCCACCAGAAUUCAGAAAGAAACCAAUCCUGCUUGUACAUGGCGAUAAACGAGAAGCUAAGGCCCAUUUGCAUGCCCAGGCAAAGCCUUAUGCCAACAUUUCCCUGUGCCAGGCGAAGUUGGAUAUUGCAUUUGGAACACACCACACUAAAAUGAUGUUACUACUGUAUGAAGAAGGCCUCCGGGUCGUCAUCCACACCUCCAACAUCAUCCGUGAAGACUGGCACCAGAAAACCCAAGGAAUAUGGUUGAGCCCCUUGUAUCCUCGAAUUGACCAUGGAACUCAGGGAUCUGGAGAAUCAAAAACACAUUUUAAAGCUGAUCUCAUCAGUUACUUGACGGCUUAUAAUGCUCCUCCUCUCCAGGAAUGGAUAGAUACCAUCCAGGAGCAUGAUCUCUCUGAAACAAAUGUUUACCUUAUUGGCUCAACCCCUGGACGUUUUCAAGGAAGUCAAAAAGAUAACUGGGGACAUUUUAGGCUUAGAAAGAUCUACCCUUCUGUGGAAAAUGUGCGGACCAGCUUAGAAGGAUAUCCAGCUGGGGGCUCUCUUCCCUAUAGUAUCCAGACAGCUGAGAAACAGAAUUGGCUACAUUCCUACUUUCACAAGUGGUCGGCUGAUACGUCUGGCCGCAGCAAUGCCAUGCCGCACAUCAAGACUUACAUGAGGCUCUCUCCAAACUCCAGCAGAAUCGCCUGGUUCCUUGUCACAAGUGCAAACCUGUCCAAGGCCGCAUGGGGAGUGCUGGAGAAGAACGGCACCCAGCUGAUGAUCCGUUCCUACGAGCUCGGGGUCCUUUUCCUCCCUUCAGCAUUUGGCCUGGCCAGCUUCAAGGUGAAGCAGAAAUUCUCCUCUGGCAGCCAGGAGCUUGCACCUCCCUUCCCUGUGCCAUACGACCUGCCUCCGGAACUAUACGGAAGUAAAGACCGGCCAUGGAUUUGGAACAUUCCUUAUGUCAAAGCACCAGAUAGACACGGGAAUAUGUGGGUGCCCUCCUGAGAAUCCUAAAGCCCUGUGAAAUUGGAGCGUAAGAUGUUGCUGAGCCUCAGACCCUAAAUGUUCUUGUUUGUACUCAGUAUUCACUUUCCUUAAAGUCUUACUUGCACCUCUAUAAAACUCUGCAAAGGUUGCUUUUGUGAACACGGGUGUUAGACUUUUAAUGGUCAUUACUGACAUUCCUACUUUAUUUUGGACCAGGAAUUUAGCUCAGUGGUUCCACUACUUGCCUCACAAGCGCAAGGUCCUGAGUUCGAUCCCCGGUACCAAAAACAAACAAAAAAGGUGCUAUUUUCUUAACUCACUUUUAUAUGCUUUGGGAAGAAAGCAAUUAAACUUCACGAUGUUAAAAAAAAAAAGUGUACAUAUAUAGAUGUGAAAUUAUUCUCCUGGGAAUGUAGACUUUCAUGAUGGUGUCAGCUGUUCUGAAUUGAAGCUUGACUUUGCACUUGGUACUUCCUCUCUGUCUCCGGAGGUGCCCUUCAUCCAAACAGGAGCUUUUCAGAGAAAGAGUUCGAUCCUUUGCUCUCUCACUCCUGCCUCUCUUUGCUUUCUGAGUGUGCCUUUUGGGAGUGGCAGAACCUGAAUCUGCAGAUGUUCCUGGGAUCCAUGGCUGAGGCUGGUGAGCAGCUCCAGCCCUUGGUGGAGUCUGGCUGGGGGUGUCGGGGUGACACAGGAGGCUGGGGAGACAGGGCUGCAGGGGCUCCUCUCACCUUCCAGCAGAGAAGCUCCACUUCACAUGUUGGGAUUCCAUCAAGGAUAUUAUUUGGGAUAUUUUUCUGCUUUAAAAAAAAAAAAAAACAUGAAAGCCACAGAAUUAGUUAAACCACUGCAUUUCAUGGGUAAGAAAACUAAAGCUUGUCUGGCCCUAGCCUCUGUGUAGGUGCCAGUGUCACACGCUCAUCACAUGAGCCGACUGUAGUGAGGAACCUGGACGGUCCCCCGUGCUGGCAGUUGAUGCCACUGUCAUGGUGGGGCCAGCCCCAAGCAGACGUCCCACGGUCAGCUGGGUGAAGACCCUGAGGUUUGAUGCUCCCAUCCUUGAGGGGUCGGGGACGUGGUGGUGGCGGCACCAGGUUCCGAGCAGCACUCAGCGAGCCCCUCCAUCAUCAGGGGCACCUCGGAAAUGGCUGCUAGUGGUCAGUCUGCCCUGGAGCAGGACCGAGCCAGUCAGCACGAUGGCAGUCAUGCCUGUGAGGGGCACUAUGGGUUUGCUGCUCAUCUGUCUGUACUUGCCACAGAUCCGCUCCCCAGCCCACUCCUCUAGACUCUCCGGGGCCGUGGAGGCCACCUAGACAGAGGUUGUGCAGAGCAGGCUGGGCACAACCCAAGGUCACACUGGGCAAUCCGUGUCACUUUGCCCCUGGUGGGGGUCAGCAGUGCGGUGCCCCCUGCCCAUGAGCAUGGGUUCACAGGAGGCAGGGCCAAGCCAGGCCGGCAAGGUAGGGCCAGCGGCAUGCAUUUCCUCAACAUCGUUACUAGGACUCAGGGGAAAUGGUGCCCCAAGAAUAUCAAGAACUUGUGGUAUGCAAAUAAAUAAAUAAUCAAGAACAUGUGGUAUGCAAAAAGUAAGCAUUUCUGCCCACGUGGUCCUUUUUUCAAUGGGACUGCUAAAUUAUCCAGAGUGGUAUUAAAAGAAAAAAGCACCAUCAAACCUGCACAUUCAUUUUUUUGAAGAAAUUGUGGUUCAGUUCUUCUCAGAUUGGGGUUCAGUAGUUACUCCUUCCCACUUGAAGCAUGCUCCCCUCCUUUCUAUCCAUGGGAAGCAGGAUGGCCCCUUCUGUCCCUUUUUCCCAUCUCCUGGCACCCUCUGUGGACUCACAGAAACAUUGUCCAGUGGCUUUAUACACCGAUGAGAACAAACUACCAUGAGUCAACCUUUAGCGUCUUUGUAAACCGCCAACAAAGGAGACUGAGAAAGAUGCCUUGCUUGGGCUGGCUGGUUCUCUCUCUCUCUCUCUCCGCCCCCCCAUCUCUCUCCUUUCUCUUCUCUCCUCCCCGCCACUAAAUUGCCCAGCUCGAUCUCAAACCCUAGAAUCCUCCCACCUCUGCUUCCUGAGUAGCUGGGAUUAAAGGUGGGUGCCACCAUGCCCACCUAUAGGAGAGUUUUUCUACAUGUGGCCAAAAGGAACCACUGCCUUUUUUUUUUUUUCCAUAAAAAGGUGUACAGUAUCUUGCUCUUUUUCAGUCUUACCUAACAUCCUUUUGUGGAAAAAGACGUGUAGCCUGAAUGAGGUUUUCACAGGAGAUAAUGAAUUCCAGCAGAAUGUGCUGAGGGCUUGAGCGUCACAGAGACCUAAAAAGUGUGAAGGCAGAGAAGUGGCAAAUCUGACACCUGGCAACCUGAAGGGAUUUGCCUGCCAUUCUGUCCCCCACUGCUCAUGAGUUGUCACAGGAAGGGAGGAACAGUCUGCUACCAGCCUCUUGGGGGGAGGGUGGGAGAUUGGAUUUUUAAAUUAUUUAUCAACUUAUCUGGGAAAAGCUACCUGUUUUUAACCUUAGUGUAAUAUAAAUCACCCUUGACGUUCACUGGUUUGGGAGGUUGUAUUUUUUUCACGAUAGUUAAAUCAUGUUUUCUGAGUUCUUCCUAUAUUUCAAUUCCUAUGCUUUUAACUUAAUCUUCAUAUUGCCUUUUGAGGAAUGCACCAUUGUUAGCCCCAUUUUACAGAUGAGGAAACUAAGAUUCAAGGGAGUUAAAUCACAGAAGGUCCCUCAUCAAACAGUGGAACCAAGACUCUGCUGCCUCAGAAGUGUGUGCAUUCCUGCAACCACACCACACCGCACAGCACUGGAAUAACGGGAUAUCCACAUGGAGAAAAUGAACCUCAACUCUGUUCUCACACCAUACAGAAACAAACUUUAAAAUGGACCAAAGACCCAAAUAUGAAAUCUGGGAGGAAGAGGACUGUGGUGGAUUAUGGUCAACUUGGAACACCCAGCUGAACUGAAUCAAUGUGGUCUGGGCAUUGAAGACCCAGCUGAGGAUUGUUGCCAGUGGCAUAAAAAGAGAGCUGGAGGGGAAGAUCGUGGGCUGUUGAUUUUCUAGGAGAAGCUUGCUGCAGUUGGUUUUCCUAAUGUGAAUUUGGCUGUUCUCAUCGGAGGAGGCGUUUGGGGCCUGUCACUGGGAAGGGUUGCUGUUCUUGUCAGGGCAGCUCUGAUCUUCACUGUGAUCAUCACUUCCUUGCUCCAGUGCAGAUCCCUCAGCCUGGUGGCACAGGUUUUCUGGCUUCCACCACUGGCCUUUGGGCCUUCCCGGUGCAGAUCCUCAAUACAGACAAGCAUGAGACAUUGCAAUGGGCUCUAGGCCACUGGAUGGACUUGUGUGGGACAUUGCCUUGGACUCUAGGCCCUCAGCUGGAUUUGUGUGGGACACUGCCGUGGAAUCCAGGACGUUGGCUGGAUUCUUUGGGUCUCUAGUGUGCAGUUAGAUCUCUUACACUCCUCUGCAUUUGACUUUUUGGGUGACUAUUAAAAAAUAAUCCUAUAAACUGUGUGUCCUGUAUUAAAUCUAUUUCCCUUGAAAACCCUGACUACACUAAGGACAGAAGUAAGGAAGUAUGGGGAGGGAGGUAACGAUUUCUUAGUAUACAAAGGCCACCAAACAUGGAAGAUUAAUAUAUUGGCCUUCACCAAAAUUAAAAACUUCUGUCAGGAAAUAGAUUUAAGAAAAUAGUCAAGCCAGAGGUAGAAAGUCAUUUUAAGAUAUAUUUCUGAAGAAGUAGUAUCCUAGACACAUAAAGAAUCCUCAAAACUCAGUAAUAGACACCAGAUUUUUAAAUGAGUAAAAUAUUUCAACAGAAAUAUUAGAAAGAUAUACAAAUGGCCAAUAAGCAUAUCAGGGAAAUGCAAAUUAAAACCACAAUGAGAUAAUCUAUAUAUUCACCAAAAUACACUAUUUAGCAUUAAAAUGAGUGAUACAGAGGGUUACAGAAACUGGAACUAUUAUACAUUAAUGCUUAGUCCAGAUAUUCUAAAAAAAUGUCAGGCAGUUUCUUCAGAAACUAAGUACAUACCUAUCCUAUGAGCCAGCAAUUCCACUUGCAGGUAUUUAUCCAAGAGAUAAGAAACACAUCCACAAUUGUACAAGAAUGUUCCUAACCAUUUUAUUUAUGAUAACCAAAAUUUCUAACACUCAUUAGUUUCUAUCAGUAGGACAGUGAAUAAAACGAUGGCAUAUCCAAUGAAAAAUUAGCAAUAAAAACAAAUUACUAAGACAUAUAGCAUAAACUUCAAAAGCAAUGCUUUACACAAAGAAGAUUGCAUGUUUCUGUCAUUAUUUUGGAGACUUAAAACAGGCAAAACUGAAUUCUAUAAAGGGAAAAGUAUUUGAGAGAAAAACUCGUAACAGUGAUUUCUUCUGGGGGUACAUGGGUGGGGAUUUACUGGGAAGAGACUUGCAGAAAUUCUGAUCUGUUAGUGGUAUUUGGUUGGUAAGUUGGCUAAAUUAGUGUUUGGCUUCCAAGAUGUACACAUUUAUCAGAACUGAGCUAAUGGUAGGUAUACUGAAAAUGUGUGCAUUUCAUUAUAUGCAAUAAUGUAAUGAUUUUACUGAAAAAGAAAAAAUCCAUAAAUAGUGAACUUUAGAUAAUGUUAGAAGUACUGGGGAUGGGAGUGAAAGUGUCAGUAUCUACAAAUUUAUUUUUUGUUUGUUUCUGAACUGCAGGUUGGAACCAGGGUUUCAUACAUGCUUGGCAAGAACUCUACCAUUGAGCUACAUCCCCUUUCUAAAUUCUGAGACAAGGCCUUGCUAAACUGCCCAGGCCGCCUUCAAAUUUGUAGUCCAGUUUUGAAGGCACACACUCGUAAUCCAGCUCUCUAGGAGGCUGAGGCAGGAUGAAAGCAAAUUCAAGCCCAGCAUGGGUAUUUUAACUCUUAGUGUGACUCUGUCUCAAAAUUUUAAAAAAGCAAAGAUCUGGGGAUGUAGCUCCAUGUGCUGGUUUUAGGUUCAAUCUCCAAUUUGGAGGGGGCGGGGAGGCUACUGCCUGAACCCCCAGAGUAGCCGGGACAGAUGUCUACAACUUGUUGAAAUGCAUGUGUUGAUGGAUGAAAAAAGGGACAGAUAGAUAUUAAGUACAGAACAGUGCAGUGUUAAUUGUAGAGUCAAGGUGGUGGGUAUUCAGGUGUCACUGUAAAAUUUGUCUAACUUUUUGAUAUGUUUGAAUUUUUUCAUAAUAAAAUAUGACAAAAUAAUUGCA